CCCCCAGCAGCUCCGGGCGCAGCGGUUUAAUUGUUCCCCCGGGAAGGAUGGUGGAGAAGAAGCGGGAGAGUUUGGGCCGGUUCCAGGACGGGGGGCAGCGGCGGGUCCUGGACCAGGCCACCCGGCAGCGGCGGCUGAACCGGCAGCUCGACGCCCUGGAGAAGGACAACUUCCAGGAUGAUCCGCACGCCAACCUCCCCCAACUGAAGAGGCUGCCGCAGUUCGAUGACCACACGGAGUCCGCGAAGAAGAAGAAGAAAACUCGGGGCGAUCACUUCAAGCAGCGAUUCCGGAAGAAUUUCCAAUCCCUCCUCGAGGAGCAGAACUUGAGUGCAAGUGAAGGACCGAACUACCUGACAACCUGUGCCACUCCUUCCAAACUACCCCAACGCCAUUUCUGUGCAGUCUGCGGUUUUCCAUCCAACUACACCUGUGUGUCAUGUGGAGCCCGGUAUUGCUGUGUUAAAUGCUUGGGGACACAUCAGGAAACCAGGUGUCUGAAGUGGACGGUGUGAAGUCGGGGGGGUGUCCAGCAGACGGCAACUGUAAUCCUGCCUGAAUUAUCAAAACCAACUGUUCUCUUAAUCUCAUCCUCCUUUCAGGCCCGGUAGUAAGGGGGCCCAGAAAAUGCCACGUUGUGAUGUUAUUUGUAGCUGUACAGGGGACCUGUGGACUGUCGGAAGGCAAUUGUCGUCUCCUUUUCUUUAAGGAAGGGAUUGGUUUGGAUGAAGAAAACGUGGUGUAAAGUAGCUCGGCUGGCAUCACAGUUACAGCUCCAAGUCCUGACUAGCAAGGCAGACUGGACCUUGGUUUCACGAUGGGACUGUCUCCUGUGGUCAGCUCACUUCCCAGAUGGGAACACCAUGUGCUCUACCACCUUGCGACUUUCUGAACUAGAUGUAACCAAGUUAACUGUUCCUUUGAUGUGACUGGUUGAGCAGCUGAUGGAUGCCUCAAACACGCGUAUGCUGAUGGUAAUGGUGAUGUGAUGGUGCAGCCUCAGCUGAGAGGCUCAGUUACUUUGGUCCCAGCUCGUUUAGUGCUAUGUCUUUGCUAUUGUUUCUAGUCAUUAGUAAGCAGUUACGUUUAUGUUCAAUUGUUAUUACUUGCCAUGUCACUAUCCUCCAGCCUCGUGUCUUUAUAACAGUUUAUUUUUCCCUUCUUGGUACCGAAUCGUGAUUGAAUCUCGACCUCCCCAAACUGCUUGACUCUGUACCUCCCCACGUUUUAUUUUCUAGGUUAAUAAAGUUCACCAGACCCAGUGA